GUGAAGCCCUGCCUACACAUACUCACCAUUUAAAAUGCUGUAGAAAAUUCCCACUCCUCCCACACCCAACAAGAAAAAACUACUUCAGGGGAAACAACACGACCUACAACUGAAGAUGGCUGAUCCAGAGCCCUGCAAAAUACAAAAUGACGACACUGAGGAACAAAGUGAACAAUGUGAAGCUGAGGAGAAACCUCCUCAUCUCCACAAACAACAAAGCACUCAAAAAAGAGGAGAGAAACGUCCCUUCACUUGCUCUCUGUGUGGAAAGGGCUCCAUGCGAAAAUCAGACCUGAAGAAACACAUGAGCAUCCAUACCGGAGAGAAACCCUUCACGUGCCAUCAGUGUGGAAAGAGCUUCGUGAGAGCAAAUAUUCUCAAAAAUCAUCUGCUCUCUCACUCCGGAGAACGAUCGUUUGGCUGUGAUCAGUGCGAUAAGACAUUCGUUUUGGAGGUGUACCUAAAGAGACACAUGAAAGUUCAUGCUGCUGUGAAACCUCAUGUUUGUACUUCUUGUGGAAAGAGUUUUGCACUGAUGCAAACUCUACAAGUUCACCAGAGUAUUCAUACUGGAGUGAAACCUCAUAUGUGCUUUGACUGCGGGAAGACCUUUACUACAUCCAGCGACUUAAAAAUACACCAGAGGAUUCACACUGGAGAGAAACCGUACAAGUGCUCACACUGUGACAAGAGUUUCGCUCAUUUAUCAUCUCUGAAAACGCACGAGAGAGUUCAUACUGGAGAAAGGCCGUACCGGUGCUCUUCAUGCAAGAGGGGUUUCACCAAUUUACCAAAUUUACUGAAACAUAAGAAAAGGUGUUGCCUAAAGAGGUCUACAAAAAUUCCCACUCCUCCCACACCCAACAAGAAAAAACUACUUCAGGGGAAACAACACGACCUACAACUGAAGAUGGCUGAUCCAGAGCCCUGCAAAAUACAAAAUGACGACACUGAGGAACAAAGUGAACAAUGUGAAGCUGAGGAGAAACCUCCUCAUCUCCACAAACAACAAAGCACUCAAAAAAGAGGAGAGAAACGUCCCUUCACUUGCUCUCUGUGUGGAAAGGGCUCCAUGCGAAAAUCAGACCUGAAGAAACACAUGAGCAUCCAUACCGGAGAGAAACCCUUCACGUGCCAUCAGUGUGGAAAGAGCUUCGUGAGAGCAAAUAUUCUCAAAAAUCAUCUGCUCUCUCACUCCGGAGAACGAUCGUUUGGCUGUGAUCAGUGCGAUAAGACAUUCGUUUUGGAGGUGUACCUAAAGAGACACAUGAAAGUUCAUGCUGCUGUGAAACCUCAUGUUUGUACUUCUUGUGGAAAGAGUUUUGCACUGAUGCAAACUCUACAAGUUCACCAGAGUAUUCAUACUGGAGUGAAACCUCAUAUGUGCUUUGACUGCGGGAAGACCUUUACUACAUCCAGCGACUUAAAAAUACACCAGAGGAUUCACACUGGAGAGAAACCUUACAAGUGCUCACACUGUGACAAGAGUUUCGCUCAUUUAUCAUCUCUGAAAACGCACGAGAGAGUUCAUACUGGAGAAAGGCCGUACCGGUGCUCUUCAUGCAAGAGGGGUUUCACCAAUUUACCAAAUUUACUGAAACAUAAGAAAAGGUGCUGCCUAAAGAGGUCUACAUGACUUACAAGCCAAUAGUUUGAUAUUCUGAUAGAGCAAGCAAUGUAACUUAUUGGGCCAAAUUUGCAGAAGAUUGUUGAAUAUUGUUUGCUCAACAAUGGAAGUUGCCUUAAAAUGCCAGAGUUUUAGUUGGGAUGUUUUAUGUUCGGGACUAAUCGAAUGAUCUCGAUUAGUCCAUUACUUCUACAUCCAUAUGCUGAGCAAAUUGUUGUUGGUUAGGUUAAGAGGUGGUGUGAUGCACUUUUAUUAUUAUUACUGAUCUCAUUUGAUGAAUCUAUGGUCAUAUACAUUAUAUCGUAUGUAUAAUUUAUGCUACAGCAAU